AUGCCUGGAGAAUAUCCCGGGACGUCGAUUCCCCAACAAACGGAAGUCAAGACUCGGGUGGUUAUCGUCGGUAUCGGAGGAGCGACGUGCUCUGGAAAGACAACACUUGCGAAGCACCUACUCCGGAUCCUCCCAAACAGUCUGAUAAUACACCAAGAUGACUUCGCACCGCCGCAAGAGCUCAUCCCUAUCCACCCCGAGUACAACGUGCAAGACUGGGACGCCCCCGAGGGCGCGAUCGACUGGCCGCGCCUCGAGUCCUUCCUGCGCUCCGUCAAGGCGACGGGCGAGAUCCCGCCCGAGCACCGCUCGCACGACCACCUCAACGAGCAGCGCGACGUCCCCGUGCGCAGUGAGACCGCGCAGCGCUGGAAGGCUGCGUUCGAGGCGGCCGCGCGCGCGCGGGAGGAGAAGGGAGAGCGGAUCGUGUGGGCGCUGCUGGACGGCUUCUUGCUCUACUGGGACAAGGAAGUCGUGGAUAGCUUGGACGUGCGGAUAUUCCUGCGCGUGCCGUAUGACGUCCUGAAGAAACGCCGCCACGAACGGCACGGGUACCACACAGCAGAGGGCGCCCUCUGGCGCGACCCGCCGAACUACUUCGACCAGAUCGUCUACCCUGCGUACGUCCGCGCGCACGCUGGCGUCUUCGCCGGCGGCGACGUCGAGAAAGGUGCGCCGACGGAUAAUGUGGCGGACCUCGUCGUGCUCGAGCCGCUCGCAGUCGAGAACGGGAUGGACGGGAUCGUAGACAGGGCAUGCGAGGUGCUCGACGGGGCCCUGAAGAGGCUCUAA